UCCGUAAUAUAAUAGAAAUUAUUAAAAAUGAGUAUUUUGAACCGAAUUUGGCAGUAUUCUGCACAAAUUUGUAAGUUUUCCAAAGCUGCCCAAUCUGGACUGAUUAAUUUAUCUGGGAAAAGUGCCAGCUUGAACACACCAGCAAACAGCUUAAUUUCUUCGACAAGAUAUUUCUCACUAACUAGUCGUCGAGACGAUUUAUCAGAGUUUUUUGAGGACAAAAAAAACCUUGGAGAAAAUGAAAUCAAACAUGGGCGAGCAUGGAAUAAAGAUGAAUUAAGGAUAAAGUCCAAUACUGAUUUGCAUAAACUGUGGUUUAUUUUGCUGAAGGAACGAAAUAUGUUGCUUACUAUGGAGCAUGAAUGUAAUGAAAAAAUGGAACUUUUCCCCAGUCCUGAAAGGUUCGAUAAAGUGAAUGAAUCGAUGACAAAUGUAGAAACUGUGGUUCGAGAACGUAAUCGCGCUUAUUACGAACUAGAAACUGGUGAAACGGGCGAACGCCCUGGCAAACUAGAGUACAAUCAAUUAGGACUUAAGUUUUACUACAGAAUGUUCGAACACGUUAUUCCCAAGUAUCGCAACGGAAAAUGGAAUCAAACACACAAGUUUUACUAUAAAGGAGCUGCGGUAACUAAAUUCCUUCGACUUUAUCGAGAGCAGCUUUACAAUGUAAAACGAAAGCAAAGAAAUCGGGACCGAAACGAAGUAAUGCAUUUGCUUAAAAGAUUCCCUAAUAUGGAUAGAAACAUAAUAGCAGCAAAGUAUCCAUCAGUGAAUCUAGAUAAGCUCGCGCGGUUGGAUAAAAUACGAGGAAAUUACGAUCCAAUCAAGGUAUGAUUUGACUCAAUGAAACUAUA